AAUUGAAUUCAAAAAGUCGAAUAAAAGAGUGAUAUACUUUUAAUAUACUACUGUUCUUUGAGAUUUUCUGCUGGAGAUGUAACCUUGCUCAUCGCACCAGGGAACAAUGUCUUUGUACGGGAUGUGCUUGCUAAAUUUUGUGUUGUGCAUUAUACAAGAUCUCGACGCUGAAGUGAAUUGUGAGCCCAAUUGGUUCGGACCAAAACUUCAGUUUAAGUGUCAGUGUAUAGACGGCUGUGACUCAGAAGGUAACUGCUUGGAGUCGAGCAAAUGUAAUAGCCAAUGGAUGGGUCAGGCUUGCCAAUAUCAAUCUAAUAUUCUUGGAAUUGGAGUGCCUAAGGAAAGCGAUGCUGAGUCCCUAUACAUGGUGCAUGAUGGAGACGACUCUACGUGCAUUACUAAUAAAAAACUUCAGUCUCUGGUCAUCGAUCUAAGCUCAUACAGCUUGUUUAUGUGGAUACGAUUAGUUGUCAACGAUGCAGCUUUGGUGGACAGAUUCACGCUGUACUUCGAAGACACUUCUGAUGUGAUCACCAAACGUCUGGAGUGCUGGAGACAACAGAUAACAGUUGUCAACAUUAAGACUGCGUACAUUCGCUGUGACAUGAACUUCCCUGUAAACCGCAUCGUCUUGAAAGGAGAAGGUCUAGCGUCACUUUGUACAAUUGAUGUCAGCAAAGGUCGAAAUCUUGCGUUAAAGGAAAAGGCAGAGCAAACAUCUACCAACGGCAACAACUCUGCAAGCAACGCUGUGGAUGGAAACAUAGAAAGUGAUGUGAAGAAAGGAAGCUGCACUUUGACUAAUAAUGUCACUGACCAAACACCGACCUGGACUUUAACAUUAGAUGAACCAGUUGUGUUCAACGUUGUUCACAUUUACCCUCCAAGUUAUCCCCUGAGUGAAUAUCUUCCUAACUCAAUUCUUCAAACGUUUGACGAGUACGAUGUCCUUAUACUUAAUACGACUAUCAAGUAUGCAACAGUCUAUCCAAAUGUCAACAAAACUCCGGUCAAGAAAGUCGUAAUAAAGGCAACAAGCACUACAUCUACCACAGCAGUGCUUUCUAUCUGUGAACUCUUGCUCUUUGGAGAAUGUCCACCAGGAAAGUGGGGACUAGACUGUAAGAAAGUCUGUAAUGACCUAUGUCCAGAAAAUUGCAAUGAGAUAGACGGCUCGUGUCCUACAAGUUGUCUGGGAUACUUUCCACCAAAGUGUGAACAAGAUUGUCCUCCAAGUAAAUGGGGAAUUAAUUGCCAAGAAGAUUGCCCUGCUGCAUGCGCCUAUCGGUACUGCAAUAACAUUAAUGGUGAAUGCACCGCUGGGUGUAAUGGAUACUUUGAUCCACCUUUCUGUACACAAGCGUGCAAGCGAGGCUACUACGGUCUUAACUGUCUUAGUUACACAACAACGUAUACUGCAGACGAUCCAAUAUCAUGUGACAACCUAGCUCAUGAAGACUCACAGCAUCUAUGUUUACAUGGUACAGAUAGUUUCACCUUCAGUGUCUCUAAUUUCUUUAUUGGAUUCUGGAUUGGUGUAGCAGUUGUGUUAGCCAUUGGUACUGUGAUAUUACUUAUCAGAAAAAUUUACCUAAAAAGAAAAUUGACCCCAAAGACCGCACAUAAUGUUUACGAGGACCUACCAAAAGAAAAUCUGGCCGAUGUCUCAGUGGUCCUAACCAACCCUGUGUAUGAUCACUCUAUGCCCAAUACGACAGAUGAGCCUGGGAAAAGUAAAACUGCUUCUUAUGAUGAGAUAGUGCUGGAAGACACGGGAACAAGCCAGGAGAAUAUUUAAAACUUCACGGAGAUUAUAAAAAUACAAUCCACAGAUAUUUAGAUUAAUGACUAUAUUUCAUGUUUAUAUUAGUUUUGCAUGCCAAAGUAAUGUAGUGAUAAUGUAUGGCUAUGAUAAUUUUAUGUAUUUAUAAGAAAAAAAUGCUUUAAUCAUCGGAUAUUUAUGCAUAACUUGUUAUAGCACUAUCCGUCUGUGCUCGCCUACUCUCUCUCUCUCUCUCUCUCUCUCUUCUGUAUAUCAAGACUAGAACAGAGCGGUACAAAAACUCGUUUGUUCCUUAAUCGGUCAGACUAUAUCAA